CUUUUUUCCCUUCCACAAUGCGACAAUGCUACCGUUCACGUGCGUUCACUUCGAUAAAGCGUGCGUAUGUGAGUGUUGAGAGCCAGCCGUGUCGAGUUCGGUCGCAGGUAGUGCAUUCUAGUUGCAAUUAUGCAUCGAGUUAGCUGACUAUAGGAGUUUUCAGAACGUGAUCGUGAUGAGUUUAACGUCAGCCGGCUUGAAGUGCAGAGAUUUGCACGCGUACCUGAAAACGCUUUCGCCGGCUACGCUGGACAAGCUCUAUACUCAUCCAGCGACAUGCUUGGCCGUUUUUCGAGAGCUGCCAAUCAUAUCACGUCAUUAUAUUAUGCGAUUGCUGUUUGUUGAACAGCCUGUACCGCAAGCUGUAGUUUCAUCUUGGAAUGAACAAAAAUAUGUCAAAGACCAUUUGGAGGCACUUGAGGCACUCACUGCACUGCACAUUUGGACAGACUCCAGCCUUCCUGGUGGACUUCCAGGCUGGUCGUUAAGUGCAGUGUUUAGAAAGAACAUCCAGAUAGCACUCCUUGGAGGUGGAAAACCGUGGGCUGUUUACAGUGCACUUGAAAAGGACAAGCAUGGAAGAGACGCAGCCUUCCUAGACCAAUAUGCUGCUGAACGAUGGGAGUGUGUCCUUCAUUUCAUGGUGGGUUGUCAUACAACAGAAGGCAUAAGUGCAGAUGCAGUACGAAUACUCCUCCAUGCUGGACUCAUGAAAUCGGAAGAAGGCGAAGGGAGCUCCCCUUUGAUAACAAUGGAGGGCUUUCAGUUUUUGCUGAUGGACACAGCUUCCCAAGUGUGGCAUUUUGUACUUCAGUACUUGGACACUCUGGAGUCAAGAGGCCUGAACCUGGUGGAAUGUCUGACCUUCCUUUUCCAGCUCAGUUUCCUCACACUUGGGAAGGAUUACAGCACUGAAGGCAUGUCAGAAUCCCUGCUAGUGUUCCUGCAGCAUCUCAGGGAGUUUGGACUUGUUUAUCAAAGGAAGCGGAGGUCAGGUCGAUUCUACCCAACACGGCUUGCCAUUAACCUUGCAUCUGGACUGAAGGAGACGACCCUGCGCAGCUUUGAGGCAGGUUAUAUAAUGGUUGAGACCAACUACCGGGUGUACGCAUACACAAAUUCUCAACUCCAGGUGGCCCUGCUAGCAUUAUUUUGUGAACUUUUGUACAGGUUUCCAAAUCUUGUUGUUGCCAGACUUACAAGAGAGAGUGUCCGGCAAGCACUUCGUAGUGGCAUUACAUCAAACCAGAUCAUAAAGUUUCUUCGAAUGUAUGCGCAUCCUGAGGCUCUCAAGCAGACACCUGUGAUCCCAGCAACAAUCAUGGAUCAGCUUCGGCUCUGGGAAAUGGAGAGAGAUCGAUUUGUGUUCCGUGAAGGAGUCCUGUACAGCCAGUUCAUCUCGCAGAGUGACUUUCAACUCCUCAGGAACUAUGCCUCGGAGCUGGGCGUCCUUAUCUGGGACAAUCCAAGCAAGCGGGUCAUGGUUGUGAAUCGUAAUGGCCAUGAUGAAGUCAAACGAUUCUGGAAACGGCACCGGCAAGACCAUUGACCCUAUCAUAUUCAUUGUCACUCAGAUUGUGAAUUAAAUAUACUAUUUACUCAUUUAA